CUCCUCUGUUUCUUAUGGAGGGAGAGACACAAUGAAUUACUUUUAUAUCUCAUUCCACUCAGGAGCUUUUAUUUUUGAGGCAGGGGUGUAAUCUUUGCUUAACCCUUUAAUUCUCAUGUAGGAGAGGAAGCCCCCCCCCCUGGGGCAUGGUAUGAUCCCUUGUGCAUGUUGGGUCACAGCCCAUCUGGCUUCUCCACUCCUUUACUUUCCCUUUAAAUCUUAUUCAAGAGUCAAUAAUAAACUUUUAUAUAUGGGAGAGGGUUAAAGAACCUCACACCACUCUGUGUUUGUUUCUUCUUCUCUAACUGUGCAGUUUGGAGGCCCAACAGCUGCAACUCCCAGCAAGCUGGCAGGGGAUUGUGGGAGUCGUAGUUUAAGAGCAGCUGCUGGGUCAGCCCUGUCCCUUAUGGAGAACUGAAGAAAACAAAGCCAAUAUGGGAGGUUGCUGUACCUGAUGGCAGUGAUAAGUGGGAUUUAAUCUGGUUUUUGUUCCCUUAUAUCGGCCCCUCGGACAAAUUAGAGACAAGACAUGUUCCCAUACUCUCCUUUCAAGCCGUGCCUCUUUUAACCAGAAUUGAGAUUCCAAAACUGAGCCCCCACCCCGAGGGAUUAUGUUGUAAGAUUUGGGAAACAAAGGAUUACUUUACAGAAACUACAAAUAUUAUUGAAGAGAUGUACGAGGAUGGGCGACCAUUGUCCCCAGCGGAUUAUUCCACAGGAGAGUGGGGUUUUUCUUGACUGAGCACGAGGAGCAAACCACUGAGAGCUGGGGGUGAGCUUAUCAAGGUAAAACUAUGCUCGAUUUCCUCCACCCCCAGAGCAAUGUAUUAUAUGGAUAGUAAUCCAGAAGAAACAGCAGCACGGGGAUCUGCUGCACAGGUUAAAACUUGAAGACCUUCUUGGAUUCGCUUGGAAAUUAUUUCUCUACAGUUCAUGAAAAGUCGCGGUUAAAAAAACCAUGUUUAAAGAGGAGCCCCCCUCCUGUUUCGCUUGCUUUCGGAUGGAUUCGCGUUUGGGACACACUUUAAUUUAUUAACCUUCUAAGCGGAUCUGUUGGCUUAUGAUCCAUUUUCUUGGGUCGUAUUUUAUUUUCCAUAAACAAUGGCUGAAGGCAGCGCAGAGCGGAAAGUUCGGAUGUACAGGAGUGUUUCAUUUAAGAGACUGGAAAACUGGAAUGCAAAAGGGUUUGUUUUAGAGGGAGGCACUAAGCUGCCAGGGGAAAGGGAUGUCACCCAACCCACUUGUCAGAAAGCACAUCGCCCUUCACGAUCCCUUAGCUUGUCUAGGAAAGUGUCCAAGAUAUCUGCAGCCAGCAAGGACCAGACUUCUCCCUCCGUCCGGCAGCUGUCUCAGAGAUUCUCCUCUCAGCCGAGGGAUGAAGGGGCACAGUGUGGGGAAGAAAACCCCCAUCUAAAUAAGGAGUGUCAAGAAGAACAAACCCUGGAUCUACCUUGCCACCAGGACCAACAUGGUCAAGAUCCACUAACUGUGACUGUGUGCGAUGGCUCGGGUAAGUCUGAUGACUUGCUUGCCUAUGUGAACCCAAGGGCGUCCAAGAGCUCAGGGACUUUACUAGAUGAACUGACUUUGAACUCUUAUUAUAGUUUACUGAACCAGCCAGAAAACCGGGAAAUUAUUGGGUUCGAGGGGAACUGGCCUAGCGUUACAGAAAUGCGCAAAUUAUUUGGGGAGAACUCUAGGAAGCCAAAUGUUAGGGCAUCUUCUCUUCCAGACUAUGAUGAGCCAAGACUUUCAAACCAGCAAUUUUCCUACCUAAGGGAUGCCACUGAUUCUCACAGACCUUGCCCGGUAGAAAGUGCAUUUCCUAAAGGCUUUAACCAUUGUGCUGCAGAUCUCCGACCAAAACAUCCCACCCUGAAGAUUGAAAAUUCCCACUCCAGAAACCUAGUAGACAGUAAGCCAGAUAUUAAUAGCAUUUUGUGUAUGGAUACAAAAGACCACAGGACAAAUUCUGGUCCAAAACCUCAGCCUCCAACACCACCUCCAAGAAGCUGUAUACCAUUUGGUCUGAAGGCUCACACACUUUCCUCUGGAGUACCUAAACAAGAGGCAAGACAGCAAUCAGUAAGUUUACAUUCCUUGCAUAGUUCUGGCAAACCACAGACUGCCCCCUCCAAUGUCAGACUCAGAUUCAGUUCUAGCGAGGAAGAGUUGCAUAGCAAAGCAUUGCAGUUGCCUAGCAGCCCAAACAAGAACGAAUUUCAGGACAGAUCCCAGGAAGUGUCCUCAGGAAGCGAAGAGGAAAGCAAUCGGGUAACCCUCAGGGAAAGUCUCAGGAAUCGAUCCUUUAGGAAGAAAAAGAGAGACCUGGAAGAGGGCAAGAGUGACUUGUCGGGAGAAAGCAAUGCUAAGCAUGUUAUAAGCGAUGAAGUAGGUCAGGAUGCCAACCACUCCGGUUAUCCACUGCAUGGGGCGAAUAUAUAUGAGACAACUUCAGCUAGUCCUGUGUCUGCAGGAAAAAUGGGUGUGAAUGCUGCUGCAAAUAAACCUUCUCCAAAUCUGUCACGUGGUAUUUCUAAUGAAUUCCCUAGACAACACCUUAGAGGCAUCUCUGAAGGUUUAAGCCCAUCAACAGCGUGCCACUUGUCUGCAGCAUCCCCCAUGCCCACCGUGUCUCGUGUUGCCAAAGUUAACAUUCCUCCAUUUCUGCCCAGCCCAUGUGGAUCAAGAAGCAGCAGCAGAUACUCCAGCACCGAAACUCUCAAGGAAGACGAUCCCUUUAACGCAUACUCUUCUGGCCAAAGCCGCCAAGGAGGCUUUAACAUUUAUAGAUCGCCGAGCUUUGGUCACAACGACAAUGUCCGGCAGCAGGCUCGCUCUAGGCUAAGAGUAGCUCCUAAUGUCACAAAGUUGAAAAGUGAAAAUGUUCAUGAAGUUUCUUCUUGUGAUCCUGAAAGUGAAAACUCAAAAUAUACAAAAUCUAUGUCCAAUCCAGAUAUAGCAUCAGAAACUCUAAACCUCCUUAGCUUUUUGAAAUCUGACAUUUCAGACUUAAAAAUUAGAAACAGAAUCAGGGAAUGCACUGACGGAGAUGGAGUUACUGCUAGAAAUGAGAGUACCCAUGGUUCUGGUGGCCAAGAGACCUGGGUUAGUAAAGGUAGAUCUGCUUCCCAGAGUAUGAGCAACUCUCAGCAAGGUAAUCGUCCUACAUUAAAAGACCUCACUGCAACCCUUCGUCGUACCAAAUCUUUUACCUACUCUGAAAAAUUAGGAUCCAGAAGACGUGUAGGCCACGGUUCCAUGAAGCAAAGCUCAUCAGAACUUUCACUUGCUAGCACAGGAGAUGAAGCUCUGUUGUCCAAUAGUAAAGCAAAUGAAGAUGGUGCAAAACAAGGUGAAGAUGCCGCAUCAGCUCUAAGUCAAGAUCAGUACAUCCAGGAAGCAAGGCAAGUCUUCGAGAAGAUCAGUCAAAUUGGCUCUCAGGAUGACUACAGUUUUGAUCAGGAAGUAAGCACACAUAUAGAAAACAAAAUGGCCAAAGGUUUGCCAUUGGACUGUACUUCCCACAGUUUGGAGAAAAAAAGUAAUACGUUCAUAGAAAAGUUAGAAGAAAACAUGUCACUCGAGGAACUGUCUCAUCAUGAAUAUGCUAUGACCGAUGAAGGGAUUGUUACUGAAGUCGAGACUACAUCUGGUGACACCUUGUAUCAAGACCUUGGCCAAACACUAACAGUCUGGAAGUCGGCUGACAAAAUUCAGGGAGAAGCACAUCCUUUCACAGUUCACAAUGGGGAAAUUCAACAAAGUCCAUCUGCCGUCAAGACCAGUUUUGAAAUUGAUUCUUGUUGUGAUGUAGUUGCCAAUACAUGUUCUUCCCAGGUACCACUUGAUACUCCACCAACGCCAGGAACCAUGCGGAGGAGAAGGAAGUUUCCAUCCCUUAGCAAUACUGGGAGUGAUUCUAGCAAUGGUAGCAGUGGUGAGUCAGGGAGUGAGACUUAUAGGUCUUUGAGUGAUCCAAUGCCCCACAGAACAUACUCCAUAACUGAAGAUUCCAAAGCCUUCUCUGUUGACAGCAACCUUCUUGGGUCACUGAAUUCCAAGACUGGAAACUCUGAGUCAUCGACCAUUGCCUUCUCUGAGUGCACUGGCAGUGCCGCCAGUGUUUUAUCUUUUAGCAGUGAUGGUGUAAAGGAUUACAACACAGUAAUACAGAAUAUUGUCAGCCAGCCUGGAGCCCUAGACAAAGUAAUUGACGAAAAAGGAAAUGGAAAGACCAUAAAGAAAAAAUCUUUUAGUGAUCCUAGUCGUCGCGGUGAAUUAUCUCCUACAGGCUUAGAGAAUUCCACUGAGCCCAUUAAUGAGCUGUCGUCCAGCAGUGAACCGAUACUGACUGAGCAAAGAGACGAGUCCGGGGAGGUAGAAGAUGCGGAGGAAGUGGUUGGACGAGUUCGUUCCCAGUCAGAAUGUGUCCUGCCCCAUGCAGAGGAUGAUAGUGGGGUUGAGGGAAAUCAGAAUUUCAGCUUUGACCCCAAACUAGCAGAGGUGUUGUCUCCGAGAACACUUAGGCGAAGUUCCAAAAAACGCACCAACAGGGUGGGUAGUCAAGAUGGUCAACAAGAAUGUAACAAACCCACCGAGGCCUUUGGGAAAUCAAGAGUAAGUAGCAAGCACGUAAGGCACACGAGCGAACCGUCUACAUUUAUUCCAAUUGUCUCUGCUGAGGCAAAGUCAUCUAGUCAUCCCGUUGUCAAACUAACCAUUCCCGAGUCAGCCAAGCUUCCAGUGAAACCACUGCCAAGUUUAAUAUGCCCACAACUGGAGGAUGUAUCCAAAAAAGGCACACGGGUUACUGGGGAUAAUAAUAUGCCUUCCGUGGGGGAUUUGCCUAGGACUGCACCGAGUACUCCUACAACUGCUGAACCCAAAUUAUUGAGGCUCCAUAAGCCUCAUGAAGACCUCACUCCUGGCAACAGAAGCAAACCCUAUGUGGAUAUGAGAAAACAUGUUUUCCUGACAUUACUUGACACCGAACACUCGUACGUGGAGUCUCUGCGCACCCUGAUGGAGAGUUACAUGAAGCCCCUAAAGCUGCCGGAGAAUUCCUUCCUGUGCGACCCUUCCCUUGUGGAUGAAAUAUUCGACCAGAUCCCGGAGUUGCUGGAACACCAUGAGCAGUUCUUGGAGCAAGUGAACCAAUGUGUGCAGAACUGGGGUGAGAUCCAGACUGUGGGAGACGUCCUGGUCCAGUCAUUCUCCAAGGAGAUCCUAGUGAGCAUCUACUCGGCUUACAUUGAUAAUUUCCUCAAUGCCAAGGAUGCAGUUCGGGCGGCCAAGGAAGCCAGGCCGGCCUUUAUCAAGUUCUUGGAGCAAUGUACCCGGGAAAACAAGGAGAAGCAAGCUCUGUCUGAUCUGAUGAUUAAGCCUGUGCAGAGGAUUCCACGCUAUGAGCUCAUAGUCAAGGAUCUAUUAAAGCACACCCCUGAGGAUCACCCAGACCACCUCUGCCUGAUAGACGCACAGAUAAAUAUCAAGCAACUUGCGGAAAGAAUCAACAGAGGCAUGAGGAGCGCAGAGGAAACCGAAAGGGACAUCCGAAUCCUGCAGGAGAUAGAAUCACAUAUUGAGGGCAUGGAAGAUCUUCAAGCUCCUUUUAGAAGAUUUGUGCGCCAAGAGAUGGUGGUGGAAGUGAAAGCUGUAGGAGGGAAGAAGGAGCGAUCACUUUUCCUGUUUACUGAUCUACUGAUCUGCACCACCCUGAAGCGAAAGUCGGGGUCCCUGCGGCGCAGUUCUAUGAGCCUAUACACAGCAGCGAGCGUCAUUGACAUCUCCAGUAAAUACAAACUGCUUUGGAAACUGCCCCUGGAGGAUGUGGACAUUGUUAAAGGGACAUCCCAAGCCUCUAACCGGGACAGUGUUCAGAAGAUCAUUAGCCGACUGGACGAAGAUCUGAGCACCAUGGGGCAAAUCAGCAAACUCUCUGAGACCCUCAGCUUCCCCCACCAGAGUCUGGACGAUGUAAUUAAGGACAUGAUGGCAUCAGUACACCGUGAGUUGGCAGAGAAACAGUCGCUCUCAUUCACAAUGUCCUUCCCACCCAACAAAGUAGAACUGACCACCACCAAAGCCGACGGCACAGAGUCAUUCAUCUUUGAGUUCAGUAACCCAGAGGCCCGGCUCCACUUUGAACAGGGGUUUGAAGAAACAAAAAAGAAACUCGUUUCCAGCAAGAACCGUCUGGACCCCGAGUUCCUGAAAGCCAUUCCCAUCAUGAAGACCAGAAGCGGAAUGCAGUUCUCCUGCGCAUCCCCCAGUCCCCCCAGUCACAGUUGUUUGGAGAACGUACAUGAGGUGUGGGUGUGUAACAGCGACGGAUACGUGGGUCAGGUCUGUCUGCUCAGUAUCAAGAAUGAACCCUCCGUAGAAGCCUGUAUUGCUGUGUGCUCUGCCCGAAUCCUGUGCGUUGCCUCCGUGCCCGGCCUCAAGAAGAACCACCGGGAUCGCCCUGUUGCUAUGGGGAGCCAGUCCUCGGAGACGCAAUCCCAGUCCCAGGAAGAGACGGUGUCCCAGCAGUGCCUUCACAUUUCCAUCUCGGGGUCGUCGCUGGAGCUGUCAGAGACCACAGAUAGUGCCAGUCGGGACCUUGUACCCUUCGACAGUGACGACACCGAUGAUGAAUCCUCGCCGAGCCCCUCGGGGACCCUUCAGAGCCAAGCAAGUCGCUCCACCAUCUCCUCCAGUUUCGCCGAGGAGAUGCCAAGUGCCAAAGACACCACCACCGAGACCACCAGCUCAGAGGAAGAGCAGGAGACCAGCUUCCUCCCCAUCCCCGGCGCCUUCAACCAGAAUAGGGACAACGAGAGCCCCACGGAGGGACAGCCAUUGAGGAGAUCAAGCAGAAGCUCAUUCACAAGGGGGAGUCUGGAAGACCUGCUGAGCCUGGACCCCGAGGCCUAUCACAGCUCCAUGUGGCUGGGGACAGAGGAUGGAUGCAUUCACAUUUAUCAGUCUUCCGACAACAUCCGCAACCGCAAGAACAGCAUGAAGAUGCAGCACUCGGCAGCCGUCAUGUGCAUCUUAUACCUGGAUAACCAAGUGUUUGUGUCACUGGCCAAUGGGGAGCUGAUCGUGUAUCAGAGGGAAGCAGGAAGUUUCUGGGACCCUCAAAACUCCAAAUCUCUGCCCCUUGGCUCCCCCGGGGGUCCAGUAACCAAAAUGGUGUCUGUGUCGGGGAAGCUGUGGUGCGGCUGCCAGAAUAGAGUGACCGUCUUCAACACAAGCUCAUUACUCCAAGAGCACUGCUUCCUCAUUGGGCAGGACCAGAACCGCAGCGUCACGUGCAUGGUCAGCUCCAGCGCAGGCAUGUGGAUUUCCCUGCAGGGCAGCGCUCAGGUGCGACUCUAUCACUCCACUUCAUUUGAGCAGCUGGCGGAGGUGGAUAUCGCACCCCCGGUGCACAAGAUGUUGGCAGGUUCCGAUGCUAUCAUCCGGCAACACAAGUCGGCCUGCCUUCGGAUCACAGCUCUCCUGGCUUGUAAGGACUUACUGUGGAUCGGAACCAGCGCUGGGGUGCUCCUCACCCUUUCCUUUGCCUCCACCACCAGCAACUCCCUGAAGGGCCAACUCAGCCCAGUGGGUCUGUCCCAGGGCCACACAGGACACGUCCGAUUCCUCACAUCUGUGGAGCUGCCAGAGGGAUUUGAUGUUCUCUUCCCAUUGUCAGAUCAGGGCAACGACCAGACGUCCGAGUUGGAAAGGAGGGAUCCGGCCAGAUACCACCGCCCCUCCCCAAUGACUCCGCCCAAAUCCAAAAUCCUGGUGAUCAGCGGUGGCGACGGCUACGAAGAUUUCCGACUCACCAGCAGCAGCGAGACCGUGGGCCGGGACGACAGCACCAACCACCUUCUGCUCUGGAGAGUGUGAGGGAGGAGUCCUGGCAUCAGGGAGGUGCCAAAUCUCUGUCAUCGUUGCGCUUGGUCUUGUCUCCAGCUCAUCCCUCAACUCCCUCAAUGUGUCACCUGCUCACACUCAGCCUCCGGUUCUUUCCCGGGAAUCAGGUGCCUUGUGCCGAGAGAACGCCCAGCCUUUUGCCCAAAGUGCCAGGGUGUCGAUCUAAAUGAACAGGAGGGAUGUACUGGAUCAGUUGUUAAUAAGCAGAGAAUGCCGGGGGCACAAGGACCUCAUCAGGGGUUGCCCAUCACUGGCCCUCGGGCUUCUAUAAAGGCAUUAACCACUGCUCUAUGGAGGGCACAUCAUUACUGCUGUCUGACACUGCUCGGCUCCUGGGAGCUCCUGCGCUGGGGCCCUCAGGGGCCACUCUGAAUUGAAUGUCACUCUGCCCCUUUCUGUGGCUUCUUUUUGCACCCCCACCCGCCAGUUACUGGUUCCCCUGGACUUUUAUUUUCUUAUUUAUUGUCAAGUGAAAAAGUUGUAAUAUUUGUAAUGAUUGGGGGGAAAUGAACAUUGUGAUCCCGCCCUGAGCUCGUUGUUACUGUGACUUGGCAAUAGGGUAAUGGGGUCACCCUGAAAUCCCUCGGCUCCAUCGCUGAAAACAAUCCCCCUCUGUGCGUUACAGAUCCGCACCCCAAUGUCUUUGCAGGGACACAUAUCUCGUCGUUAGUGAUAAUCUGUGUGUCGAUGCAGCCAUCUUGCCUUACUGUAUGUGCCCCCCUCCCCCGCUGACUGACCACCUCCAUGUUACUUGCCCGGGGCCACUGCUGUGACUUCACUUCUACAUUGGCUCGUGCCCUCGGACCUUACACGACUGAAACUUCUGUACUUUGUGUUUCAUUUGCAACUCAUCAGCCGUUCACGAUGAAAGAGGGGGGGCCACAAUCAGCACCCCCUGCCCAUUUAUAUCACUGUCUUACCUGUGGCUUCUGUUGCUUUUGGGACUUUAUUGAGAUGAAAUGGUUAAAUGCCGGAUAGAGAAAUGGAAUGGGUUGAAGUUAGCAGAUCCGUCACUAGGUGGCGAAAUUGUUGCAUCGAUAGUCGCAGCCUCAUCUAUAAUUCCCAUAUUCCCCCAAUGCGCGUAAAGGGGAAAUUGCACUUUUUUUUUAAUCCAUCUCCUUUUUUUAUUUUAAACCUGCUCAAUUAUCUGGAUUUACAAGGGGGGGGACAUUUUGACUUUUAAAAAUAUGAAUGUUUCAUCUGCCCCUUUUAUUUUAUUAUUUUUGUUUCUAUCAGAGUUUUUUAGGUAGAAGUGAUUGUUUGGGCUGCGAGUCGGGGGCUGGCGGCAUGAGUGAGUAAGAAAGUUUCCAGCAGCUCAUGAAUAAAAUCAGAAAAGAUCUAGAAAUCAAUGGGGAGAGGUGCUGUGACUUGUAGGGGCAUCAUCCUUAUCUAUUUUGGGGGUGUUUAGUACGUCACCCCCGGGUACGAGGGGCAGGGGUAUAGGGAGGAGAUAUUUAUAUAAGAGAUAGCACUUCUAUAUCAUCUGUGAGCUGUGUUAUAACAAAGGCCAAUAAGAUACUCCAUAGUAUGAGGGCUCAUGUUCAUUGGCUGCUGUUGGUUGAUAUUGAUCUGCUGGCCACGCCCCCUGCGUUCCUAUCCCAUGUUAGGGGCAUGUGGGGACUCGUCAGCAAGAGGGGCCCUUGGGUGUCAUAAUGUCGGGUCACUGGACUGUGGAUUCAAUGGAAUAAGUUUGGGUUGGAAUUGAUGUGCUGGUGCUGCCACCUCCUGGUCACUUUCAUUAGUGCAAAUUAUUUACCCCCUCUAUGAGCCAGUGCUUGGGGGCAGGGUCUGUAUUGGUCCCACCCGUGAGGUUAUUUCGGGAUAAACCAAAACCAACAGUGGGGGACGUCUCUGCAGAGCAGGAGGGGGAGUGACGCCAACAUGGGCAGAGUCGUGGUACAAGAGCAGCUGGAAAGGUUUUAAUGUUAAAGGGUUUUAUUUAUUAAAACCCCACAAAUGAAUUUCACUGUACAGCAGCUCCCAUUGGCUCACUCCUGUGAGUGAAGUGCAUUAUGGGUAAUGGAUCAGAGAAUGGGGAGAGAGUCCCAUAGAAAUGACCAACAGGUGGCGCUGCAGUGAGUGAAACAGCCUGGAGGUGGCGCUGCUGAGUCAAAUGAUGGGGAGGUUUAUUACUAUAGGAAGGUGCAACUGUCAUCCUUUUGGCUUAUGUACAACUGCUACUCCCAGCACCCUGCUGAGGCCGCAGGUACAACUAGAAGGUUAAAGGCUGGGCCUCCCUGAGUCUUUAUAUGGCAAGUGAGACUGACAGAGAGAAGUGUAAGUGCCCCAGGGGGAUUGGCUGCUUGCAACUCAUCUUAGAAACCCACUUUUUAUUAAUUUCCAUGGCGACACACUGUGCAAGAAAUGGUACCCCCCCCCCUAAAUAAAAUGAGGGUCAUGUGAGAGAUGGAGGGGUCUGUAAGGACCAGAGCUCUUAACUCUUUCAGCGCUGCGGGAAACGAUGAGACAAUUCAUUAACCCUUCUCAGUGCUGCUGCUUAUUGCACUGCUGUUAGCCCCGUCCAGCACUUAAGGGGUUACAGAAACAUUUUUAACCACAAACCCUUUUAUUUGUUUUUAUUGUGUUUUUUUGGGGGGGGAAAGAGGCGACUGUAAAUAGCGACGCGGUAUAUUUCGCCUUUACCUGUACAUAGUCUUGUCAGUGUCCGACUGUUAGAAUGACGGCUUAUUUUUAUAUCCCCAGAUCAUAUAACCACUCCAGCGGGUGCAGAUUGGGGUGCAAUCUCAUUUGUACUGCGCCACACCCUCGGCCGCCAUAUUAUGUGUCUAAUGUCUGUUUCUUUUUGUCACUGUGAUUAUUUGUAAUUAAAGUUCACUAGUGUUGGAUCCGA